GGCGCUCCGGACCAGUUCGUGUUUUCCCGUCGCACCGCUAAUCGCCGUGGCCCGCCGUGGUCGUCAAUCGUCACUCGUCGUCCGCGUCGUCGUCGUAGUUACUAGUUAUUGAGCCGCUGCGACAGCGUCGUCACCGCCGCGAAAACGAUAUAUAAUUAUCAUUUUAUCAUACGCCAACUCGAUAAUUCGGUCGCGAUUUUUGCUAUUUUUCGUAUUUAUUAUUUCGUCGUUCGAAUUUUGCGCGUUCGCCAAUUGUAUUUUUCGGUUUUUAUUUAUUUAUUUUUUUUUUUUUUGGUGAUUUUUCGGCGAAAAGUUACGAUUGUUUUUAUUAUUCUAUAAACUCUUUUCUGUGCGUUUGCGCCAUGAAUACCAGACGGUGACAUCAAAGAAAUCCGCGAGCGACGGAAAAGUACAUUUCGGCGGAAUCUCCAUUGGAUAUGCUGCUCGCCUACGCGUCGAUUUAAAAUUAAACAUGAACCAACAGUGCAAAGUUUGCGGGGAACCAGCCGCCGGUUUCCACUUCGGAGCUUUUACUUGCGAAGGCUGCAAAUCGUUUUUCGGACGGACUUACAACAACCUGAGUUCGAUAUCAGAAUGCAAAAACAACGGCGAGUGCGUGAUCAACAAGAAGAACAGGACGUCGUGCAAGGCGUGCAGGCUGCGCAAAUGCCUGUUGGUGGGCAUGUCUAAGAGCGGUUCGCGGUACGGCCGCCGGUCCAACUGGUUCAAGAUCCACUGUCUGCUGCAGGACCAAAACGCGGCGGCCGCAGCCGCGGCCGUCGGCCACCACCCGCCGCACCAUCACCACCAACACCACAACGGCAGCAGUCGGUCGUCACCGCACCACCAGCAGCAGCAGCCGCCGCACCACCAGUCGCAGCCGUCGCCGUUCGGUUCGCCGCUGUACCCGGCCGGUCUGGUGCACCCCGGCCACCACUUCCUGACCACCGACAAGUUCCUGCAGGCCCGACUCAACGGUUACGGGGCCGCCGCGGCCCUGAUGACCGCCGCCGUCCAGGACGACGCGUCCUGCCGGCGCCAGGCAGCCGCUGACGCGAUCAUCAGCGGGCACCACCAACACCACCACCAUCACCGCAACCGCCAUCAUCACAACAACAACAACAACAACAACAGCAUCGACCGACGGCACCGUCAGCGUUACGACGAUGAAGACGACGACGACGACGAUUGCGGUGGCCGCCGUCGCCGUGACGGUGACGACGAUGACGACGACGACGACGACAACGGCGAGCGCAACGACAACAACAACGGCGGUGACGACCAUUCGCCAAAGGGCGGUCGCCGUCGCCGGCGCCGGCCGUCCGCUUCCGACGACUCGGGCGGUUCGUCCAUGCCCGACGACGAGGACAACCGCGGCAGUGGCCGCCGCAAGACCGCCAGUCCUGUGCUCCGGCACCACCACCGCAGCCCGUCAUGCACCACCGGCGGCACGCCACCCGCGUUCCGGCCGCUGUCCUCGUCGCCGUCCGCCUCGUCCACUGGUUCGGCGGACGCCAAACGCAUCCGGCUGUCCGUCAGCCCGUCGUCGGCCACCGUCGGCUCGUCGCCCAUCUCCGGUUUCCACUCGCCCUACUACCCGCUGUCCGUCACCCGACCCGGACUGACGCCGUUCGUCGGCGGCGGCCUCACGCUGUCCAUGGCCGCGGCCGGCUGGCACGCAGCAGUGGCCGCGGGGCGCACGGCCGCCGGUGGCGAUUUGCUGCUGUCCAGCCCGGCGCCGGGCGGCGUGGCCGUCGAACAGGAAUACCCCAUCGACCUGUCGCUGAAGACCACGGCCGCCAAGUACAACAGGUCGCCGGUGCCGCACGCGCCCCAGUCCGCCGGCGGCCGACACUCGGCGACCGACGACCCGGAGACCGCGGCCACGGCCACCGCGCUGCCGCCUUCGCCGCUGGACCUCACCAAACGGACGGCCGAAGUCUAGUUCGACUGACCACCACCGCCGCCGCCAGCAGCAUACGACAGCCCGCGACAUCGCUCCGGAGGAGAAACCUUGCUAUACUACUACCUAUACCACUAUUACUACUACUACUACUACUAUUAUUACUACCACCUGUACCACUACCCGCGUUGUACCGUACCAGCUGAGUGUACUCACGCCACCGCCGCCGCCGCCGUCAUGUCCAAAAGUCGGAAGAAAUUUUUUUUUGCUGAAUUUUUCAUAUUUUUUUCGGCAUCGUCCUAGUCAUUGUAUAAAGAAAAAAAACGAUCGUUCCCAGUUUCGUACAGAGGUGUAGUACCUCUAUAAUAAUAUUGAACGACGCGACCCGAAUGAGAUGCGGCGUGUCUUGCGCACUUAGACGCGUAUUAAUAUCUCUCGGCGAGGGGUUGGGGUGAGGGGGGGAGAAGAGCACGCGUACCGCGGUACCUCCGUAAUACAUGUAUUAUUAUCAUUAUUAUUAUACCGGUUAUACGGUUAAACUAUAUGACGUGGUGCGGUGUGCGUGUUUACAUUGCGGUAACCCCGUUGUCCAUUUCGGGUUUAGAAGACGAAAACAAAACAGAGGAGAAAAAAAAUAGGUACUGCAGUGGGCACAUCACAGUGUCAAAGACAAUAGGAGUUUGUCACACUCGGUAACAAUGCCGGUGGGCGGCUGUCUUCGCGACAACGCAUAUUGUGCAUAUUAUAAUACACAUAAUAUAAUACACGCGUGUGUGUACACCCUAGGCCCACACCCGUAAUUUAUUACCCGUAUUUUUAUGUUACAUAUUAUAAUGUACGUGUGGUCAACAAAGCAGUAAUUUAUUUUUUCAAGACGGAAUAAGACAAACUGCAUACAUUAUUUUAUUAUUAUUAUUAUUAUCAUCAUUAUUAUUAUCAUUAUUAUUAUUAUUAUUAUUAUUAUUAUUUUUAUUUUUAUUAUUAUUAUCAUUAUAAUAUUCUUAUUAAUAUUAUUUUCAUUAUUAUUAUCAUUAUUAUUAUUAUUAUUAGAUACGUCGUGUUGUAUGUAACUGCACGCGCUAUAGGUAAAGCCGAUUUUAUAAUAUUAUUUUACUAUUUCGAUUAUAAUAUUAUAAAAACUGGAUAAUAAAUGAACGGGUCUCGUGUGUUAUUGUAGUUAGCUCGUUGUCCACACACAAAUAUUGUUUAUAUAGCUACAUAAUAUUUUGUAAGAUUUAAUAUUAUUACAUUUUUAAUAUUAAUAAAUUGUUAUUAUUUUUAUUUUCAUUCUUUAAGUUCUAGGGAUUCGGCCAGUAAUAGCAUUGUACAUAGUGUAUUUCAUUUAAUAUAUUAUAUAACUUUAUUUUUUAGCAAGACGUAAUUGUAAUUUUAUUUUAUUUUUCGUUAUCUAUGUAUAUGUAAAAAUAAAUUGUAUAAAUUAUUAAAAUUAAGAACUUGUUAAAAAUGAAGAAAAAUAGAAAUAAAAAAAAAAAAUUUAGAUUUUAAAUACA